AUGGGGGGUUUGAGUGUGCAUGUGGCAAAUGGGUUCCAAUAUGUAGUUACCUUCGAUGGGGCUACUCGUUUGGGUUUGCUGGGUACAUCAGCUUUUGUGAUCAAAGAUAGCUCUGGUUGUCUGCUCUCAGCGCAAGCUCGGCAAUGGGAUGGUGUGAAUGAUGCGUUGGUGUUGGAGGCGCUUGCGUUGCGGGACGUUUUGCUUGAAUGUCAGAGGAGGAAUCUUCAUUCAGUUAGUGUGGUUGGGGAUGCGAAGAUCAUAAUUGACAAGUGUUGUGCCAGAGAUUUUCACCAUUCCAAAGUCGGUAUUCUUCUGAAGGAAAUAUGUUGCUUGCUGGAUGAUUUACCGGAUUACUCGCUUAGGUUCAUUGGUCGUUCUAACCACAGGGAAGCUCAUUCUGUGACUCGUCAUGCCCUGUUCAUGUCGCCCCGUAUGUUUAAGGGGUUCGACUUCGUCUCUUGGUUAUGA